AUGCCCCUCGCAGAAGGUGUCACCCAUGCCGAGAUCCACCGCAGGGGGAUGAGAUCGCCUUCGUUCAAGGACCUGGCUGUGGACUUCACCCAGAACGAGUGGCAGCAGCUGGACCCGACUCAGAGGCUCCCGUACAGGGAUGUGAUGCUGGAGGACUACAGGCAGCUGCCAAGAGCUCCAUAUAGCUUGGUCCAAGUUCUGCAUCACUUCCCAUUAACAGGGCAUCACAUUAGCAAACCAGAUGUGAUCUUCAGAUUGGAGCAAGGAGAAGAACCAUGGAUAGUGGAGGAGUUCUCAAGGCGGAACCACUCAGGAAAAAUAUGCUACAAAUAUGAUCGACCUGGAAACAAUUUGAAAACUCAUUCAGAAGUAAGUCUUGCAAAGGAAAGCUAUUUUUAAAAGGUUCCUGAUGAAUACAGUGGAGGUGGGAAACACUGCUCUACUCUAAGGGAGAAAAGUCAUUCUGGAGUGAAAAAAUACAAGUAUAAUCCAAUGAGGAAAGCCAGAAGUCAAAAUGAGGAUCUUAUGCUCUACCAGAACAUUCAGACUUUGAAAUAACCUCUUGACUAUAGUAAAUGUGGGAAAACCUUCUUCAAAGGGGUAGUCCUCAUUACACAGAAGAGGAAGCCAAAUGAAUGUAAUGAGUGUAGGAAAACCUUUUCUAAGAAGUCCACCCUCAUUGUACAUCAGAGAAUUCAUACAGGGGAGAAACCCUAUGUAUGUAAUGAUUGUAGGAAAACCUUCCAUGUGAAGACAAACUUCACUCGACACCAAAGAAUUCACACUGGAGAGAGACCCUAUGAAUGCAGUGAAUGUGGGAAAACCUUCACUGACAGAUCAGCCCUCAUUGUACUUCAGAAAAUUCACAGAGGGGAGAAAUCCUGUGAGUGUAAUGAACGUGGAAAGACCUUCUUUCGGAAGUCAGCCCUCACUGAAGAUUUCAGGUCAUGCACAGGGGAGAAACCUUAGGAAUGCAAGGAAUGUAGGAAUGCCUCCAGCAAGAAAUCUUACCUUGCUGUUCAUCAGAGAACUCACAGAGGGAAACCAAAUGAAUGUCAGGAAUGUGGGAAAACCUUCUUCUGUCAGUCAGCCCUCAGUGUGCAUUGGAGAACUCAUACAGGAGAGAAACCCUAUGAAUGCAGUGAGUGUGGAAAUUUUUUAUGUACUAAACCAGCCCUCAUUGCACAUCAGAUAACUCACAGAGGAUAGAAAUCUUAUGUGUGUGGUGAAUGUGGGAAAUUUUUCUGCCAUAAGUCAACACUCAUUGUACAUCAAAGAACUCACACAGGACCCAAACACCAUGUGUUUAAGAAAUGCAGUAGACCAUUCUUUGUAAGGUCAAACCACAAUGAAUGUGAGAGAAUGCACACAAAGAAUCUUUAUGUGUGUAGUGAAUGUGGGCACGCCAACAGCAAAAACACACACCUUGUUGAACAUCAGAGAACUAUGUGGGAGAAACCAUAUGAAUGUAACGAAUGUGGGAGAACCUAUUGCCGGAAGUCAGCCCUCACUCACCACCAGAGAAUGCACACAGGAAAGAGACCCUAUGAGUGCGGUGAAUGUGGGAAAACCUUCUGCCAGAAGUUCUUCAUCGAACAUCAGUGAACUCACACUGGGGAGAAACUGUAUGAAUGUAAUGAAUGUGGGAAAUCCUCCUGCCACAAGUCAGCCUUCCGAGUACACUGGAGAAUUCACACAGGAGAGAAACCCUAUGAAAGUAGAGAAUGUGGGAAAACCUAUCGUCAGCUGUGGACUCUCACUGAACAUCAGAAAAUACACACAGGGCAGAAACCCUAUGAAUGUAACAAAUGCAAGAAAACAUUUCACCACAAAUCAAACUUCCUUUUACAUCAGAAAACUCAUAAGGAGUGACUUCCAAGAAAGCAGCAAUUCAAAUAAUUUACACAAUUACACAAGUAAUUUACACAAUAAUUUCAUAGGCUAAAAUCCUAUGAAUAUGCACAGAGGAGUGAAAUCUUAUAAAUCUAAUUAAUGUGAGAAAUAUUCCUGCCAUAAAUUGACCUUCACCAUAACAUCAGAGAACUCACACAGGAGAGAAAUAUAGUGUGUUUAGUAAAUGUGGUAUAACAUUCAGUGUGAGCUGUGAAAAUAUUCAACAAUUCAUUCAUGUCAAGUGUGCCUCCCUUGUAAAAUAAUGGAACAAACAUUAUUUAAGUGAAAUUGAUUGAUUCCUCUCCACGUUGUUACUUGACACUCUAUGUUACCAGGUGUGAGGAUCUAACCUUAUUUCAUUCCAAAUCAACACCAGUUGUUCCUACAAUAAUUAGAAAUUUACAAUUUCCCAAUUAAUAGUGUUUGAAACUCUCAGGCUAGACAGGUUGGUUUUUUCUUUUAACUCUGUCUUCAUAGUCUUCUAGUAACAGGCUCCAGUCCUUGUAUCUGCGGAGGUGGCAGUUAAGAGGACCACCCAUGGACUCCAUCCUCCUGGUCCCACAGUGCUAUUCCACAGAUGAGCAUUCGAUAAAGUGAAGCUAGUGAAAGCCCUUCCUAAGACCUUUGUGUUGGGAGAUGGACAGGAUAGCUAACAUGGGAUGCUGAAGCUUCCAGCAGCCAGGUCAAGAAAACAGCAAUUGCAAUAGGAAAAAAAAUGCAGAGAAGCAACGAGAAUUCUGACGGUGUUUGAAUCCAGGACCGUGUUUGUCUCCUUGGUAUUCAUCUUCCCUCACUUCCACUCACCCAUGUACUACCGGUGGUUUGAUUGUGUCAACUAAUAAGUCUGCAAAUUUUUUUGUAUUUUCUAAUAAACAUGUUCAUAGAAGUGUUCUUUAGAAUUCACUUAUCAAAUUCUGAGGAAAAAAGCCUCUGUAAUACAAAUCAGAAUUACAUUAUAGGUGUGUAUGUGGUUAGGCAGGAUUGCCUUCCAGAUCCUGAUUUCCAUGACUGAGAUUUUUUUCCCCUAAACUCAUUCCCAGCCUCUCUGUCACAUUAAGCAUUCUGCCCCAGGAAGAUGAGGUGGGUUUAUGUAAUUGGUAAAAUUGGCAUAGAUAUACAUAUGUAUGUAUGUGUGAGUGUGUAUGUCUUAUACAUGUGAACAUACACAUGUGUAUGAAUGUAUAUGUGUAUAUAUAUGUGUGUGAGUAUAUACCAGUCUUGCUCUUUUUCCUGGGAAACUUGUUUAUAGCCACUUCAAAGGUUUGGUUGCUAUUGUGAAUGAUAUUUUAUCAUCUUUCACUUUAAAAUUGUACUCUUUAUUGAUGGAAUUAAAAAAAUAAUUUUUGUAUCAAAUUUGUCUCCAUUUAUCCCUCAGCUUUAAUACUUCUUUGCUUGUUCUUGUAAAAUUCAUCGUUUAUUAUCAGUGAAGCUGGUGGACUGCUUUUCCCCACUCCUUCUGCGUGCUAAAGGUCUGCCCAGCAGCUCUCUGCCCCCUGUGCCUUCUGCUUGCCUGCUUGCUUUGGAUUAUGCGGCAAAACAGGAUUCUGCCUGUUACUGUGUUGUUUUUAUUUAUUGUUUUUGUGUAAUAUUAUACAGAUGGAAAAGCCAUGUGUUGGGAAGAAUUUUUUUCAAAUCUGAUGAAAAAUGUAAAUCCACAAAUCCGGGAAAUUCAGUGAACCCCAAGCAGGAUAAAAACAAAACCACAAGGCACAUCAACAUAAAAUUUCAAGACCCCUAAAAAUGAAAACCAAUUUAACCAAGAGAAAAUCUUCAAAGUAGCCAAAGGGAAAAAAAAGAUAUUACAUCAGGGUGAAUUAGUUUUCUACGGCUGGCGUAAGAAAGUAGCACAAAGUGGGUAGUUUAGAACAACAGAAAUCUCUUGUAUCACAGUUCUGAAGGCUGGAAGUCAGGAAAAGGUGUGGCAGGACUGUGCUCCCUGUGAAGGCUCCGGGCAGGAAUCUGCCCCCGGCCUCUCCUGCCGUCUGGGAGCUCCGGGCCUCGUGGCAGCGUAGCUCCAGUCUUCACAUGGUGUUCUCAUUGUGUGCGUGUCUGUGUCCAAUUUCCCCCUUUUUAUAAAGAUCCUACUCAUUGGAUUAGG